AUGACAUCAAAGGAUAAAAAUAUUUUGCAACAACCAGACGUGAAACUGGCUGUUGCUGGAUGCUUUGCUUUCCUCAUUUUAUUUCAAUUGGCGCGCGGAGGCAAAGAAGAAAAUAUUGAGUUUAAGCAGCGAAAAAAUGUAGAACGUAUUGCCAGUGCUGGAUCUUUUCGUAGCACAAGCUUAUGCCUUUCCUUGUCUUCAUUAUUGCGGACUUUCUCAAUCUCUUCUCUCGUCAACGGUUUGGCUGGCUGGCCUCUUGCUUUAGUGUGA